AUGGCAAACAAAUCUCUCAAGUUGGUUAAUACCCAAAAAAUUUAUGAUCUCUAUGUGGAUGCUUGUCGAUGGCGCCAUGAUGAAGGAAACCCGCACCUGGCUAAUUCCUAUUUCGACAAAGUGAUCGAUGAAAUUCAAUCUUCAGCAAGACUUACCUUCGAUUGGAGAUUACGCCGAAUCGUAUUCGGUUGUUAUUUUUGGAGCUUUCAAAUUUAUACCCGACAUGGAAUGGCAACCGAAGCCAAAGCGGCCUAUUUGAAAGCUGACAGUAUUGCUCACCAAUUGGCAAAUAGAUCUAAUGCGAAUGCUGACAGCAUGAAGAUAGUUCUCAGACGGCAAACUAGCUUGUCCCUAGCCGUAGAGGAUCCGAAAUUUUGGUUGAAGAUUUUACUGCAAAAAUUGGGUUUUCCCGCAGCCGCUAUCCAAACCUAUCUAAGAGCUUCGUAUCAGUACCAAAACUAUCAACCCGCGAACGACAACAUUGACUCGGAGCAUCGCAACACUACCUUCACUAUGGGAAAAAAUUCACCCGACAAGUACGGUGAUCCCGCGUUCGAAUCUGUCGAUUCCAUCAUACUCUAUCAUGGACAUCAUCACGAUAGGAUCAAGUCUUGGCCGGGUUAUCAGCAACCAAAUCAUCCUUGUGAGAACUUACUGGAGAACAUGAAUCCAAAUGUCACUGUUUCAAAAAUGGAAAUUUUCAACAGCGAUGACGCAUCCAGUCUAUUCGUUGGUAGCGACGCAAAACAAUGCAAAAAAGAAAAUCAAUUUUUCGCAUCACCACCAGGAAAGCGUUCUUUUAAUAAAGAAUUCACGGAUGCUAACCCUGCUCAUCGUCAACCUGAAAAGACUAGCGAAUUCGACCAUUUAUUCUUCUGUCGGUCGUACAUCAUACGCACAACAGGCCAAGCUAUCUAUUUACGGUUGGUUUUCGUACGCCAUGGCUACCAAUAUAAGCCUAAACCUUACCCUUCAAGAUUCAAUCAACUUGAAAUUUCAAAUAAUUUUAAAGCAUCCAUUCCACUAAGUGAAAACGAGCAGUAUGAAGUUCGAUUCACGCCGAAGCACCUUAUGCUAGACGAGCUGGAAAGGGAGAAAAAUUCAAUGGUCAGGCCUCUACGACUAAACAAUAAGGACCAUAUCUUGAUAUCGUAUCGAUGCAAGGAACGAAGCACAGCCGUUAUACUACCUGAAUUGUGCCAGAUCACAAUUCAUAAUUCCAUGGGUUUGGAGAUCGAUUCGAGUUUUAUCCCAAGGCCUAUUGCUGAGAAGCCCAAUGCUGAAACAUUGGAUGCUAACCAAAAUAAGAAAUCAUCAGUCACAGACAAAAACAAUUCAUUAUCAGACAGGCAUGUUGAUACGCAUCAUAAUUAUUUAUAG